GAGGGGCCGAAACGCCGUGCGCCACCGGUGAUUGACGUGAGGCAGCCACGCCCAUCCUCUGCCUUGGUUAUUGACACUUUAACGAAUCCCGGUCACUGCCUCGGUGUCUGUACGCGUUGACAGACCGAUGAGACUGUUUUAAAUUGACUGUCGCUUGGUUUUCAACGUCCUUGUCACAUCGUGGUAAUUAGCUACUGAAGCGGACUAUUCUGACUCAAGGAAUGCUAGAUUAAGUGCUGUUGCAAAUGCACUUCUCGUGAACUUCUCUUUCUCGGCCAAUCGGUCUUCUCGGUUUGUUACCAUGGCUGAGAAACGACGGUCCCCGUGUAUGAGCCUUAAAGCGCACGCAUUCUCGGUAGAAGCACUUAUUGGUACGGAGAAAAAAAGAAAGCUUGAGGAGGACAAUGAAAACUUUUGUGAGAAAGAAAACGAGGUGUCGAACCUGACAGAAAGCCCGCAGCCCCGGACUGAGAGAACUUGUCCAAGCACCAGGAGUUGUGAGACAGACUGUGCAAGCGACGAAUCCCCGGAGUCUGAGGACGUGUUGUUGGAUAGCCCACAACCUGCAUCCAAAGGCUCGCAGGUCCUCGUGCAUUCAGGCACGAGCUGCGGGGAGGAGAUGCGCGUGGACCUGCAGGGCUCAGACUUGUGGAAGCGAUUCCACGAGAUAGGAACUGAAAUGAUCAUCACCAAAGCCGGCAGGCGAAUGUUUCCCGCGAUGAGAGUUAAGAUUGCGGGACUGGAUCCUCAUCAACAGUAUUAUGUCGCGAUGGAUAUUGUUCCUGUCGACAACAAACGGUACAGGUACGUGUACCACAGCUCGAAGUGGAUGGUAGCGGGUAACGCCGACUCUCCGGUCCCUCCACGUGUCUACAUUCAUCCUGAUUCGCCUGCUUCCGGUGAGACGUGGAUGCGCCAAAUUUUAAGCUUCGACAAACUCAAACUGACCAACAAUGAGCUCGACGACCAAGGCCAUAUCAUUCUUCACUCUAUGCACAAGUACCAGCCCCGUGUCCACGUCAUCCGUAAGGAGUGCGGUGAAGAACUCUCACCCGUUAAGGCAGUUCCCACUGGGGAUGGUGUCAAACUAUUUUCCUUCCCAGAAACGGUCUUCACAACGGUGACUGCAUACCAAAACCAACAGAUAACAAGACUGAAGAUCGACAGGAACCCAUUUGCAAAAGGAUUCAGAGACUCUGGAAGAAACAGGAUGGGACUAGAGGCUCUAGUUGAGUCAUAUGCGUUCUGGCGGCCCUCACUGAGAACCCUGACAUUUGAGGACAUCCCUGGAAUCACUAAACAAGGUGCAGCCGGCUCUCAUGGUGUUGUUGGGUCUUCAGCACACUCGCAUCUGCUGUCCUCAUCCUCGUCCCCUACAUUUCACCUAGCUUCAGGGACGGGGCCAGUGUGUGAUUACACCACCUGCAGUCGAACAAGCCACCCACUCCAUCGCUAUGCCCCUCCCUUCUCCACAGACUACAGUCGACUGGCCAGCCCAGCAGCAGACGCGUUUUCCUCGACUCGGAGCUCCACGUAUGUGAACGGGACAGAAGGUGAAGCAUUCUCGUGUACACAGACUGGCCUGCCAAUCCAGAUCCACGGAAUGCCAAGCACAACCUCCCAGCUGCAGUACCUAAUGCCCAGCCACACCCAUAAUGCAUUUUCUACCAAUCAGAGCACACCGGGUUCCUAUAAUGGGUUCCGCUUGCACAGCCCAUAUGGUCUCUAUGGUUACAACUUUUCCACUUCUCCUCGCCUGGCCACCAGCACUGAAAAAACAGCAGUUACACAAAGUUCAUUCCUUGGGUCCUCCCCGAGCGGGACACUGACAGACAGGCAGGUCCUAGCCACUGUGGACAGUCUGCAAAUGCUCAGCAGCAGUCAACAGAAUCUUUUUGACUCACGGACUUUGGGGAUGACAAGCUCCACCUCCCAGGUGACAGCCCACAUGGCAUGACCUGCAUCCUUUGACGGACUUCAAACUCAGCUAAGAAUGUUUUCUUUGAGUAUAAACUAGUUGAAGACUAGUCAAUAGUAUAAUUUAUUAUCUCCUGGAGGUUCAUCACUUUUGCAAGAGUUGAGAGACGCACAUACUGCAAUGAAAAGGAAAGGAGACAAAUCUGCAAUAUCAUUUAUGUUUUAUGUAAAUGACAGCUGAAGAUCACAUUGUGGAUAUUUUUAAAAAGCCUUUAUGUCUUAAAAAUCAUUCUGAUGAAGCAGCACAGACCAUUAUUGGACAUUAGGGUAUGGAAAUGCCUGAAGAAUAAUGUGGGAAAGCCAGAAAACACUUUACAGACACUGUUUCACAGCAUAAAAGGAUAUCAACCAUCAGAUCUCAUCAAGGUUCAAUGAGACCCCUGAACUUCUGGUCGAAGUGUGAGGAGUUUAACAGAUGAGUUUUGUGAGGCUGGACUCGGUGUCUUAUGGACAAUAAAACAGAGUUUGGCACUUAAAAGUGAGCAGACUGAAAAAAAUACAGGAAGUGAUGUCACAAACACAAACUGCAUUGCCAAUGCUUUUUAACUACAUAGUUUGCAAGGUGACAAUCAGCAGGUAACUGUCACUCUGGGCAAACGUCUUGUUUGUGCUGGGGUUUUAAGCAUUUCCACUCAGCAUUUAUGGCAGAUAAUGUGCUUUAAAAUGAAACUGGACGAAGAAAAAGGAAACGUGGGCUAGUGUUUACAAAUUCUCUCCAAGUCAAAGGGUUUUGCUCAGGAUCAGCACUGCUCUCCAACUCUUGGAACAGACAAGGCUGAAUGAAAUCUGAUCUGAGAUGAUAAUUCUCACACUUUAUAAAUAAAACCAUUGGCAUUCUUCAGAAAGAUUAUAGUCCUACCACGAGAUACAUGCUGAUUCCAGGUCAGCUGUCUCGCUCUUAAUCCAAGGACCGAAAAGAAUGCUUUUCCCUUUUUCACAAAUAUGGAGAAAAUGAAUAUUAUUGAUACUGUGUAAAGAUUUCACUUGCACUUAACAGCAAUUUUAAAUACUUGCUUUUUCGUAUUCAGGCUUUUUUGCCAGAGUGGCCACAAUAGACAUUACCUCCAUGUUUGACUCUUGUUGGCCUGAGAAUUAGAAAACCCUUUGAGCCAAAUAAAAUAUACCCAUAUGCUAAA